UGCUGCACCUGAAAUCCAAACCAAUGACUCCGACGACAUCAACUUGGCCCUUUUGCAGUUGAAUAAUCAUUGACAGAGAUGUAGCUUUAAAGGCUACGGGACGGUCUCACAACACCAAUUGUCUCUUCAGAGGUUCAUCAUGAGGAUCGCUCUACAGCUGGGCCUCUGCAGCCUGUGUCUGACUUUGACACUUCUUGGAGGAGGAAUGGGAACGGAUCUUCCUGAACCACCAGCAGUGAAUUGUGCUUGGAGCCGCUGGUCAGAGUGGAGUCCAUGUGAUAAUUGCACGAAAACCAGAAGGCGGGCUCGAGGUGUAGAAGUGUUUGGUCAGUUCGGUGGAGAUUCCUGCCAGGGGUCACUGGGGGACAGAGAGGCCUGUGUAACAGACGCUGCCUGUGAGCUGCCGCCUCCGGCCACAUGCUCCGACACUGAGUUCCGCUGUGAGUCAGGAACUUGCAUCAAGAAGAGAUUAAUGUGCAACGGGGACUAUGACUGUGAGGACGGAUCAGAUGAGGACUGUGAUCCUCUGCACAGACCUUGUGGAUCAAAAGUCCUGGACAGUAAUGAGCAAGGCAGGACAGCAGGAUAUGGAAUCAACAUCCUGGGUGCAGAUCCUCGCAUGAACCCGUUCAACAAUGAUUACUUCAACGGGAGGUGUGAUCGAGUGAGGAAUCCCAACUCUGGGAAUAAUGAUAGACUUCCCUGGAAUGUCGUUGUGCUCAACUAUCAGACAAUAGUGGAAGAAACAUCUUCUAGAGAGAUUUACGAAAACAAACACACCCUCCUGAGGGAAAUGCUAAAAGAGAUGAGUACUAAAGUUGAUGCCGGGCUUUCCUUCAAAUUCAGCCCAUCUGAGGGAUCCAUGUCAAAUAAAACAUCAUCAAAAGUGGGUUUAGAUUAUGAAUAUGAGAAGAAAAAAAUGAUAAAGGAUGUCUCAGAGAUCUCCACCAUCAAGAACCAGAGUUUCAUGCGGGUGAAGGGCACCGUGCAGCUGAGCACCUACAGGAUGCGUUCCCGCGAUCUGAAAACGGCAGAUGAAUUCUUGGAGCAUAUCAAAUCUUUGCCUCUAGAGUAUGAGAAGGGUAUUUAUUUUGCCUUCCUAGAGGACUACGGAACUCACUACACCAAAAAUGGGAAGACGGGCGGCGAAUACGAGUUGAUUUAUGUUUUGAACCAGGACACCAUACAGGCCAAAAAUCUGACAGAGAGAAAGAUUCAAGAAUGUGUCAAAUUGGGCAUAACCGCAGACUUUUCAGGAAAAGUUGAUGGACAUGUGAAAGGCAGCGACUGUAACGAUGUAACAAACAAAGAUCAAGUUGAAACUCACGGAAAAGCAGUGGUGGACAAAGUGAUGACAUCGGUCAAAGGUGGCACUCUACAAAGUGCUGUGGGUAUGAGGGCUAAAUUGAACAAGGAUGGAGUGAUGGAUAUCAGUACUUAUGUGGAGUGGGCCCGGACCAUCUCUGAUGCCCCUGCGCUGCUGACCAGUGAGCCUGAAGCCAUCCAUAUGUUGAUUCCAUUGGACAUGCCAGGUGCUAACUCCAGGAUAUCCAACCUGAAGCGGGCCACCACAGAAUAUGUGGCAGAGUAUAACGUGUGCAAGUGUAAGCCCUGUCAUAACGGAGGCACCCUUGCUCUGCUGGAUGGGAAGUGUGUCUGCAUGUGUCCUAACCUGUUUGAAGGCAUAGCCUGCCAGAAUUUCAAGGGGGAAAAUGCAAAAAAUCCAGCUCAGAGACCGGCUGUGAAUCAGGAAGGUAACUGGUCAUGCUGGUCCAGCUGGUCCAGUUGUAACGGAGCGAAGCGCUCCCGGACACGCAGCUGUAACAUCGACGGGCUUCCUGUGGCCGUGUGCAGAGGAGACACCAAUAGUGAAGAGCACUGCUGAGCAGACCCAUUUCAACAAUCACACACAUGGUCACAGACCCUUUAUGUCUUAAAUACAAAAACAAAGCACCACGUUGGUCUUAACAUGCUUAUUUAGGAGAAAGGAGCCAUCUUGACAGCAUUCAUUGAUAAUACAGUUAAUAAAAUCACAGUUUUUUUAUGUGGAAGGAUUUUUCUGUUUAGUUUUGGGAUUGAUGUGUUUUUUUUACUACACAUACUGAAUGUAUCUAGAUAAAUGAAUCUACAUUAACCCAACACAGAUCUUCUAAAGUUGUUUUAGUACAACUGUAACUAAUUGUAUGGAAAGUUGACCGCUGACAAACAAAUAUCAAGCGUAAUGUGUAUCAUGUAUUUAAUUUAUCUGCUGCUGUAUACUACACAUUUGUAUAACACCAGUGAUCACUGAAUUAUUUCCCCAAAUCAUUUCAUUCAAAACUCUGUGCUCUUUUACAGCGCUACAGAUAAAAAAGAGCAUGUCCUAUUUAAUCAUUAAUCAGUCUUAAAGUCCAGUUAGAUUCAAACAAAGAUAUUUGACUACAAACAACAGUGUGUCUCUCCACUUAAGUUGAGUUAUAAUAGUUUUGUCUGAGGAACGUACUAAUAGGCUAAUAACUCAUCUUUAAAAGCAUGAACAUAUUCCAGGCUGCGCUGUGCAAAUGAGAUCCAGAUGAGUAGAAACAGGGAGGAGAGAAAACUGACAGAGGACAACGAGAGAUUAAGGUGUAAACAUGACAAAAUAUAUGUGCAUUUAUAUGGGUUUACUGUUCCUAAAAGCACUUUCACGUAUGUCUAUGAACACAUGAAUCAAAUCUGCUAUGGUUAAUGUUGGGACAAAUCGUUACAUUUAUUCAAAACCAGCAAGAACUUGAAAUGAAGAUGAAACUAGAGUCUAGGUUUUACAUACAGCUCCAGAAAACAAUUAAGAGACCACUACAAUUGUUUCUUAAAUCUUUAUCUCUACAUUUAUGGCAGCCAUUCCAAUGUCUGUUGAAUUCCAACAAAGAGAAAAAUUGUCGGUAGCUUAUAGAAUACAAUAAAUGAAUAAUAAGAUAAACCUAUACAUAAUAAACUAGAGAAACUGAUAAUGCUGAAGUGGUCUCUUAAUCUUUUCCACAGCUGUAUGUUUACCAAAGAAAAAAAACUUUUGAGAAGUCAGAUUACAAACAAACAGGUGUAAAUAAUAAAGUGUCUGUUGAUGAAA